AUGCUUGCCGGUCUUGCUGUUCCGGAGCGGCUUGAACAAGACGGCACGAGCCGGACUGGUCUCUACGGGAAUAUUGUGAUUGAACGGCUACAGGAACUCCCCAAGACCUUCAAGCGCCACUUGGAGCAAAUGGAGACCCAUAUCUUCCACGCGGGGGCCGAGGCCACCACCGACGGGCGCAUCUUAAUUGUGACGCAUCCGAGCUUCAUUUACACCGAUAUGCAAUCCUUGCAUAAUUUUGGUCCGACCCCUCCUUUUCGGGUUCAGCCUGCCCAGGUGCUGGUCUGCCCCAAAAUCGUAGGGAUCGUGUCAGAUGAGGAGGAUGGUGUCGAGGGCAGUGAGGGCAGUGAGGGCAGUGAGGGCAGUGAGGGCAGUGAGAGCAGUGAGGGCAGUGAGGGCAGUGAGAGCAGUGAGGUCAACGAGGUCAGCGAGGGCAGCGAGGGCAGCGAGGGCAGCGAGGGCAGCGAGGGCAGCGAGGGCAGCGAGGGCAGCGAUGAAAAUGAAGGCGAUGAGGGUAAUGAGAACGUCUUCGAGCUAAGGAAGAUACGAAGGACCUUCUGGCGCCAGUGA